UGAAAAAACCUUAGCCUCUCCCCACAAUGCCAGCCUCACUGGCCACACCGUCGCCGGCGACUACUGCCAGCGUCGUACCACAUCGUCGCUCGAGAUCGCUGCUCGCGCCGCGCCGUUCUUCCAUCGCUGUUUGGUUGGAUCACCACCGCGUCGCUUCACUUCCUUCACGGCCACCGUCAUCCGUUCUGUUCAGGUCGAGCACCACCGCACCGCUUCACUCAACCACCACACUUGUUCUGUUCGGUUCAAGGUCACCGUGCUGUGUUUGUCUUCGUUCGCGACCACCGUGCCCUAUUCUCUCUGGCGCAACGCCUCUGGCACGAUCCCCUAUAUCUGGCGCGAUUCAAGUGUCCCUCUAUUCGCUACUUUACCAAGGACAGGCGCCGACGCUCCGAACCAGUUGCUUUGGCAGAAGCCAAAGCUACCAGCAAUGGGAUUCGCUCACAUCGAAAUUCUCGGCCGCCGCCAAUAUUCCGUUUCUGUUACUGCAAAUGCCGCAAAUCAUACUCAAUGCUCGAAACCUUUUAUCCGGAAACAAAACCGCUCUCUCUGCUAUCCCCUGGCUGGGAAUGUUAACUAGUCUGCUUGGGAAUCUGUCUCUACUUUCAUACUUUGCCAAGAAAAGAGAAAAGGAGGCGGUUGUAGUUCAGACAUUGGGUGUGGUUUCAACAUAUGUUGUCCUUGUUCAGCUGGCACUGGCUGAAGCCAUGCCUUUGCCUUACUUUUUGGCUACUUCAGUUGUUGUGAUGUCUGGUCUUGUUCUGAAUUUCUUGAAUUACUUUGGUUUACUAAAUGAUGGACUCUGGCGCUUUUGGGAAGAUUUCAUUACAAUUGGGGGUCUUUCAGUGCUUCCACAAAUAAUGUGGUCUACAUUUGUUCCCUAUUUACCUAACAGCAUCUUACCUGGGGCAACUGCCUUUGUGAUUGCUAUCUUGGCUGUUACAUUGGCCAGAACUGGAAAACUUUCUGAGAAAGGUGUUAAAUUCGUUGGAGGAAUAUCUGGAUGGACAGCUACACUACUCUUCAUGUGGAUGCCAGUUUCUCAAUUGUGGACAAAUUAUCUCAAUCCCGAGAACAUGAAAGGCUUGUCAGCUUUUUCGAUGUUGCUUGCCAUGCUUGGAAAUGGGCUUAUGCUUCCACGUGCUCUCUUGAUUCGUGAUUUCAUGUGGUAAUUAUCUUUCUUUGGUUGAUUCUUAUACUUUAUUAAUCACAGAUUAUGGCAAUGCCAUAUUUGCUUCUGAGACAUGGUAUCCAAAAGCGGUGCUAUGGUCUAACCCUUCACUCAAGCAAAUCCUUCACAUCACCCAAAUGUUACUGUCUUUUAUAACCUGAAAGGAAAUUGCCCAAUAAAUGUUUGU